AUUGAACACCACUUCACUAUUCCCAAGAUCCGAACACGUUCACUUCUCACCAUGCACUUUAUCAACUUGAUAACCUUGUUUGCUCUCAAUGUUGCGAGCCUUCCAGCCUCACAAGCAAACGAACCGCCGGGUCCAUUUGAUGGUCUUGCGCCGAACCCUUCGGAUCCAUCAUGCCGUACAUUCUCUUCUUGUAAUUACGGCUUGGCGGGGUGUGAAAGAUCAUGUAGAGAAGGUGGACUGCGAAUGAUCGGGUGCGAGGCUAACUGCAGUUGCCGGUGCCAGUUCGGCUGAACCGUCGGAAGGUCCUCGCGAAGGAGACGCUAUCAGAAACGGGAAGGCCGAUGGUGGAUUUAAGGAAGAAAUGUUGAGAUGAAACCAGAUACGAAGGUUGCACUGAAGGGCUAAGGGAAACAAUCGGGUCUGGAGAUAUGAUUACGCCAGCUUUUAUUGGACAGCAAGCUGCCACAGCUUACAGUUCGCAAUAAUGACGAUUUGCUUAUCCAA